GAGGGCGGGCGGAAGGACGGACAGACAGACACACAGACAGACAGACGGAGCGGCCGGCGGGGUUCAGUGGCACCGGCACCCCCGGCCCGGCGGGGACAGGGUUGGACCGGUGUUGGGGGAGCGCGAUUGAACCGGGCUUCCUUCCCGCGGAGCCUGCUGAUCUCCCACCUGCCUGCGAGGGACUGCUUCUGCAGGGUGCCGGCUGGGCACUUGAAGGUGUCGCGUUGGGAAACCUCUGCCUUUGGGAGCAAAGCCCCCAGCACCUCUGAGAGCACUUCCAGGAGGCUCUGCUGGCAUGGGAGGUGGCGGGCAGGGCGCCUGGAAAGGGGGAACUGCCUCUCUCUGAGCUGUGGAAUGCCAGGGCUCGGCGUGUGUUUCAGGUGAAUAUUCAGAAAAUGCUCUGAAGGUGAACUGGCCAGCACCCGCCAGAACUGAAUCUGUCCAAAGAAAGCCCUCCUUCACCCAAAGCCUGUUUGUGGUGAGGAGGGGACCUGUGCGAGGGAUGGGCUCAGAGAACAGUGCUUUGAAGAGCUACACCCUGGAAGAGCCGCCGUUCACACUGCCCACCGGCCACACCAUUUACCCAGCCGUGCUCCAGGAUGGCAAACUCGCCUCCGUGUUCGUGUACAGGCGGGAGAACGAGGAUAAGGUCAAUAAAGCUGCCAAGCACCUGAAAACCUUGCGCCACCCUUGCCUUCUGCGCUUCCUCUCCUGUACUGUGGAAGCAAAUGGGAUCCACCUGGUUACGGAGAGGGUGAGGCCCUUGGAGAUGGUCCUGGAGAUGCUCUCUGCUGCAGAAAUCUGUGCAGGGAUCUACGAUGUGUUGCUGGCACUCAUCUUCCUCCAUGACAGGGGAAACCUGACACAUAACAAUGUCUGUUUAUCAUCCCUGUUUGUGAGUGAGGAUGGGCACUGGAAGCUGGGAGGAAUGGAAACAGUCUGUAACUUCAGUGAAGCCACCCCAGAGUUCCUCUGUCACAUGAAGUCAGUGCGAGACCAGUCGUGCAUCCCCUGCGAGGAGAUGGUGAGUGACAGCAUGUGCUCAAGGAGCUUCCUGCUGGCAGCAAAGAAAAACGUGAUGUCUGCAGACUUCAAAAUCCUGCCCAGCAGCUACGGGCACGCGAGGGAUGCCUAUGCAUUUGGGACAACAGUUGAGAAUCUCCUGACAGUUCUCAAUGAUCAGGUUUCAGCAGAUAUUCUCUCCAGCUUUCAGCAAACCUUGCACUGUGCACUGCUGAAUCCAGACCCAAAGUGUCGUCCACCACUGUCCAGCUUAUUGUCUCAUGAGUUCUUCAGGAAUGAUUUUCUGGAAGUUGUGAAUUUUCUGAAGACCUUAACACUAAAGUCUGAGGAGGAGAAAACUGAAUUUUUCAAAUUUCUGCUGGACAGGGUGGCUGGCUUGUCAGAGGAGCUGAUAGCAUCACGGCUGGUACCUCUCCUACUCAAUCAGCUCGUGUUUGCAGAACCUGUAGCUGUCAAGAGUUUUCUUCCUCAUCUGCUGGGCCCAAAGAAAGAGCAAAGUGGGGAGAGCCAGACCAGCUGCCUGCUGUCGCCAGCCCUGUUCCAGGCCCACGUGAUCCCAGUGCUGCUGAAGCUGUUUGAGGUGCAUGAGGAGCAUGUGCGGAUGGUGCUGCUGUCUCACAUCCAUGCCUACGCAGAGCUGUUCUCUCAGGAGGAGCUGAAGAACAUCAUAUUGCCACAGGUGUUGCUGGGCCUGCGGGACACCAGUGACUCCAUUGUGGCGAUAACGCUGCACAGCUUGGCCGUCCUCGUCUCCCUGCUUGGGCCUGAAGUGGUUGUAGGUGGAGAAAGAUCAAAGAUUUUCAAAAGCUCUGCACCAAGUUUCAUGAAAACUGCUGAUCUCUCCCCAGAAGAUUCCCCCAGUCAUGGCAUGAGCAAUCAGAGAAGCCAAACCUCUCAGCCCCUGAAGAGCAGUCCCAGCUUGUUCCCCAGCUCUGCAAAUGCACCUGUCAAGAAGCUUCCUAUGCAACAAGACAAUCCCCUGGCUUCAAAGACAGGUGAGCAAGGCGCUCAGCCCCCCCUGAACGGAAUUCCUGGAAGCAUUAAUACAUUGAGGAACAGCAGGAGCUCUAUGACUACCUCGGAAAAGCCAGCAGAGGAGUGGCCAGACUGGAGUGAGCCAGAGGAGGCAGACACUGAGAAAACUGUGAACAUUCAAAUUCAGCCCCAGGAGCUGCGGGGCAGCACGGGACCUUAUUUUGCUGAUCAUGAUGUAGAUGAGAAGCCUUGGGAUGACUUUGAGCCCAGGAGCCCCAGUCCUAAAUUGUCCUCAGGAAACUGCCUCACUGUGACACACGCUGAUGCAGUUGAAAGGCCAAGGCCUCUGCCAAGUACCCAUCAACUGAGCACAGAAUUCAAAAGCCUGAGUCCCCCCACGAAGUCUUGCCAUGGGAACAGCUGGAGCAAUGACAAGUGGGACCACGAGGAACAACUGGGAGAAACUGUGUUGCCAAAAACCUUUCAGGAAAGGUUGAAGUCUUCAUCAGAGUCUGGCUUGGGAGAAGAAUUCACAAUCAAAGUGAAGAGGAAACCAGUGCAAGACCCUGAGCUGGACUGGUUUGCUGACAUGAUCCCAGACAUUAAACCUUCUUCUGCUCUUUUGAUUUUACCUGAGGCAAGGACAGAAGCAGUUGUUCCCACUCACUCGGGUGGGGUGUCCAGCAGAGAAGGUGCCUCCCAGAAUGUGCUGUUUUCAUCCAAAUUUGCAGCAGCUGAUGUGAUUGAGGCUGAAGCUACAGGCUGGGGUGAAGAAGAGGAGUUGAACUGGGAAGAUGAUACAAACUGGUAACAGUUCUGAAGGAGACCAAGGCGAUUUAUGGUGUGUUGGAUCCUGUGCCAGGAGUUGCUGCUUCCCCAGUACAAUGGAUAAAGUACCUCAGCGCUGCUUUUGCCACAAAGCAGGCACUUGCUGCACAGCCAUUAGAUCCCAUGAGGCCUGAGCUCUUGCCAUGGAUGCUCCUUCCCAGUCUGUGCCAAAAGCUGCAGGGGUGAGCCUGCACUUGAGCAAUAUGCCCAGCUGUGGUGCUGCCACUGCUCCCGGAGAGAGGACAGGGUGAUGGUGUGAUGGUGCUGACGUGCCACUGGAGGCGAAGAGUGGUGUAGGAGAUUGUUCCAGAACUCAUCCCUGCCCUGAAAAACUGCUGACAAUAAAUGAAAGUCACACUGA